AUGUUGAUGGUUUCAGAAGAUGAAAGGACCCGAUUUUGCUACGAUCUUUGUAUUCUUACGAUCACUCUAACUGAACAUUAUGUCUCGUGUAUGAAAUCAUUAGAGUUUGUCUACGAUACAAUGUGCACCAACCUUCAAAUUGCAACAACCCCAAUAUUUAUCAACCAUUGCUCAUAUAAAGUGGGCUUGACAACUGGCGAUCAUUUUGUUCAAAACUCUGCAUAUCACCUGCUCUUAAAGGACUGGGCAGACGUGGAUGCAGGCUCAAAUACACAACCGCUAAAGCAGUUUCUACAGAUCACAAAGGCGUUUCUUUCCAAAAGUAUCACCAUCACCAAGGUAUACAAACAGAUGAAGCGAAACUUUUUCUUGAAAUUCGGGAAAGUUAUGGACGACGGCAAUAGCUCCUCUUUUAACGAAUUGCGAAGAUUUUUCAACAUAUUUGCUUCUAGUGGCAAUACAACCAUAGUUGGGGAAAUAAACCAGAUCAAGCAAAUAUUGAAAGUGUACAUAGAAUACGAGAUUUCCAAAGGUGAAGUUCAAAGAAUAUAUUUUAGAGAUUUUAUGCCCAACGUGACGGCAUACUUGUAUAACAUUCUUAUUGUUAUUGACCAAGUAAAGAGCUUUCUUAAUUCUUUACCGGCCCUUGAUGUGAGUGAUCCCGAAAAAGAGAGCAUAGAUUUGACCAGGUUCGACAUAAUCAAGACUUUGAAGAUAUAUUUGACAUACUUAAAUAAUAUUACUGAGAAGACUGAUGAUUUGAUCAAGUAUAGCUUGGAUCAAAACUAUUUGAAGCGGAUUUACUCCAAUAAUUUCAUAAAUCAGGAAUUGCAUAAUUUCAACAAUAAACACAAGUAUAAACCUUUGACUUUACUGAAUAUUGGGAAACUCAAAUUCAAGAACCAUAUAAAUUACAUGAAAAUAUUGAGCAAUAACAAUAAUGGUGGUUCCAAUGGUUCUGAGAAUGGUAGAAAUGAAGAACCUUGCAAGCAUAUAUUUCCAAGCUUUGAAGACUUCAUUUUAAGUACAAGGUUAUUGAGAAAUUGGAACUGUUGGUAUUUGUUUUCAAUUAUCCAUCUUUUAGGUUUCAAUUUUUCUGAUUCCUCCUCUAGCCCCUUAGCAACUGUCGAUAAUCUAAUCCGUGAAAAGGUCAGUGCACAUUUUCUUGAUCAUAAGAAUCCUAAAACUGAAAAUGAUGGUCCAUUGGACAGUUCGAUACCACAGUUUCAUAGAAUCAUUAAAUAUUUGCAACUACCGAAUAGUUAUAGUGUGUUAUUGCUAAUAUUUAAUUUUGAAGCCAUUACUGAUCUCCUCAUUGCACUCCAUAACGAAAUCUUAUCAGAACUCAAUGUUAACCUUCAAGAAUUGGAUACGGGUGAUCUUGAUGAAGCUAUUUUUUCGUCUAUCGACGAUUUUUCUGUUGCAGGCAAUGCAUUGGCGUCAACAUUUGGACAAGCAGGUCAGGUAUUGACAAAUAACAAGGGAAGUGAUAUACCCAAGCAUAUUCCGAAGAGUAAAGUUAUUAUAGAUAAAAAGAUUGACAUAAUCAUCAAGAAUUUGAACUUGUUAACCGAUUGUCGGAGCCUUUUUUUAAAAGAAUUGCUCAACAAAAAGAUUUUGGUAACAGAAUUCUUUGACCAACUUGAAGAAAUUGACAAGGCAAUGAGUGGCAAUGACAAUAAACACAAGAAAUAUAAAAUUCAUAAAUAUACUAAGAGAGAGGAGAAGAUAAUCAUAUCGUUAUUUUUGAGUCAAAUCGGUUCUUACUUACAGGUCUUAGAGAAAGUGAUAUAUGAUUUUUUGAUCUUCAUGUUGCCUGAAGAAAAGGACGAGUUUGAUGAUAAAGUCCAAAGCUUAGCUAAACUACAUGUGCUCACUCCAUCAGAUGGAGGCAUAACAUCAUCAUAUGAUACUUUGUUGGAGCAUCAUCAUAAAGAUUUAAGACUUAAAUUCAUUAGUGUUUAUCUUACAAAGUUGGUUUUCACAACCAAUAACAUUAAAUCUAUGCUUAAUAACAACCCAAAACUUGGUGAAAAGAAGAACGACGAUGUUUUAGAUGAAUUACUUAUUUCUUGCAACAAUUAUAUUGACAGUUUGAUGAGGGCUUUGGGUUAUAUAGUUUAG